GUCAAAAAUAAUCAAAAGCAAAGCAAAAAAUGGCUCUGAAGUUAUUAGUCGGUCAAAAAAUCCUGAAUGAGGUCAUCCGGUAUCGUCCUCCAGGCUACAAGAAGCCCGAAAAGGGCAAGGUUGAGUGGCGCGUCUUAGUGGUCGAUAAGCUGGCGAUGCGAAUGGUGUCGGCUUGCACGAAGAUGCAUGAUUUGUCUGCCGAGGGAAUUACCUUGGUUGAGGACAUCAACAAGAAACGCGAGCCACUCAGCACCAUGGAAGGCAUUUACUUGAUGACACCCACGGAGGAGUCUAUCAGAUAUUUGAUGCGUGAUUUUGAGUCUCCGAACCGUCCGAUGUACAAGGGAGCGCAUGUCUUCUUCACCGAAGUAUGUCCGGAGGAGUUGUUCAAUGACUUGUGUAAAUCGAUGGCUGCACGCAAAAUUAAAACUUUGAAGGAAAUUAACAUCGCCUUUUUGCCAUACGAAUGUCAGGUGUUCUCUUUGGACUCGCCCGAUACAUUCCAGUGUAGUUAUUCGCCGAGUUUGGCAUCCGCUCGUUUGGGUAAUAUGGAGCGAAUCGCUGAGCAAGUCGCCACGUUGUGCGCUACGUUGGGAGAGUAUCCAUCGAUUCGUUAUCGAACUGAUUGGGAACGCAAUGCCGAAUUGGCGCAAUUGAUUCAACAAAAGUUGGAUGCGUACAAAGCUGACGAGCCAACCAUGGGUGAGGGCCCAGAAAAGGCACGCUCUCAACUGUUGAUUAUUGAUCGUGGUUUCGAUUGCGUCUCUCCGUUAUUGCAUGAGUUGACACUGCAAGCGAUGGCCUAUGACUUGCUCCCAAUCGUUAACGACGUCUACAAAUACCCGCCGGCACCGAAUGCGCCCGACAAGGAGGUCUUGUUGGACGAGAACGACGAGUUGUGGGUCGACUUGCGUCAUCAGCACAUCGCCGUCGUCUCGACACGCGUCACGCAAAACCUCAAACAAUUCACGGAAUCGAAACGCAUGAAUGCCACGGACAAGGCUUCGAUGCGCGAUUUGUCGCAGAUGAUCAAAAAGAUGCCGCAGUACCAAAAGGAGCUCAGCAAGUACUCGACGCACUUGCAUUUGGCCGAGGACUGCAUGAAGGCGUACCAAGGAUAUGUCGAUAAAUUGUGUCGCGUCGAGCAGGACUUGGCUAUGGGCACCGAUGCCGAGGGCGAGAAGAUCAAGGACCACAUGCGAGCAAUAGUUCCAAUUUUGUUGGACCAAUCGAUAUCGAACUACGACAAAGUUCGUAUCAUUGCGUUGUACUGUCAAAUUAAGAAUGGCAUCUCUGACGAGAACUUGACCAAAUUGGUAACGCAUGCCCAGAUCGAGCCAAAGGAACGUCUCAUGAUCACCAAUAUGCAAUAUUUGGGUGUCAAUGUUGUCUCUGAUGGAAAUCGUAAAAAGCAAUAUUCAGUCCCACGCAAGGAGCGCAUCACGGAACAAACAUACCAAAUGUCCCGUUGGACUCCCGUGAUCAAGGACUUGAUGGAAGAUGCGAUCGAAGACAAGUUAGAUCAACGACACUUCCCAUUCCUCGGCGGAAGGUCACAAACAGCAAAUUAUCACGCUCCGACAAGCAGUGCCCGUUACGGCCAUUGGCACAAGGAGAAGAAUGCACAAACCGCCGUGAAAAAUGUACCUCGUCUCAUUGUCUUCAUCGUGGGCGGCGUCAGCUAUUCCGAGAUCCGGUGCGCCUACGAGGUCACGAAUGCCGUCAAAAAUUGGGAAGUUCUCAUCGGAUCGUCGCACAUCAUCACGCCGGAGAGCUUCUUGAGCGACUUGGGAUCCCUAAGUAAGGACGAUUAAGGCGAUUAAAUCCGAUUUUUUGUAUCGUUUGUUAUUGACUGGACCUCUUUGCUGAGUUAAAAAUUGAUAUUGUUGCUGCUACAAUUUGGGUCCUGUGAUUUUACUGACACAACAAAAGUAUUUUUGACUUGUUAAAUAUUUAUUUGUAAAAAAAAUGUGAAUUAUACAAUGCUGUUGAACAUAACUUAACAACCCAACGAUAGUAAUUCCCUCAAAAUCUCUCAAAAAAAUUUUAUUUUCUUCCGCCAAACAAUGCGACGCUUUUUCAAGCUUCAAUUUUAACAGUGAACUAUAUUUAGGGAAAAAUUAUAAAGAACAAAAAAAUCAAUUCUACCUUAAAGUUCAAAAAAAAAAUGAAAACACAUCAAAUACGAACACGAGUAAGAUAAAUUAACGCAUUUUACUGAUAGACAACUAAAAAUAAUAAUCAACUCUCAUAUUACAAAAAAAAAUA